AGCUCGGCCGUGUCUCUGUGCGCAGACACACCGGCUCAUAGAUAAUCAACGCUUCCCUCCAUCAAUGCACAGCUCCGAGCUCCGCGCCCCACGACCUCCGGGAUAGCCGUGGACUUCAUGCUGCAGCUCGGUGCUUUUGCUGGCCUCUUGCCGUGAACUCUGCAUACGCACUCUGAAGCCCCCGCUGAAGCUCACUGGGGGGGUCUCAGGCAACUUUUGAAGGCCCCAGGUGUGAAUUUGGUCAGUGGCGGCUGAGAGAGAUGAGGACAUGCAUCGUGCUUCUAGCGGCUCUGCUGCCAUGCAUCCAAGCAGUGUGCCCAGAUGAGGAGCCAGGACUGCAACCAUGGAUGCCGGGACACAGUGAAGACCACCGUGUUACAAUCGGUUAUGGCAGGAAGGUCCUCCUCACAUCUUCAGCUACUGUACACUCCAUUGAGAUUCUCAAUGGAGGAAAGCUGGUGAUUGCUGACACCAACAGGCCGAUGCUGCUUCGAACAAAACACAUACUGAUUGGGAACAAAGGGGAGCUCCACAUUGGAAGCCCAGACUGUCCAUAUAAAGGCAACUUGACCAUCUCCCUCUUUGGAAGAUUGGAUGACAGUGAUCAAGAACACAGCUACUUCGGAAGGAAGUACAUUGGUGUGGGGACUGGAGGGACACUAGAGAUCCAUGGAAAAGAGAAACUCUCUUGGACUUUCCUUAAUAAGACAAUCCAUCCAGGAGAGAGCAACCAGAACAACUACAUGUUCCAGAGAAGCUGGGGGAAUAGGGGAAUCAUAAUUCACCUUAUCAGCCCCAAGACUGGAGAGGUAUUGCACAUUGACAGGUUUGACACAUACCGAACUAAGGAUGAGAGUCAUCGCCUGGCAAAGUAUAUCGAUGGUGUGGAGGUGGGGCUCAUACUGGCCAUGGUUGUCAAUGACGAGGGCUCCAAUAACUUGGAGGAGUCAGCCAAGAAGAGCCUUUCCAGGCUUGGAAGUCAACACAUCAGAAGUCUGGGAUUUAGGCAUCCCUGGACUUUUGUUGUGACAAAGGGUGACACUUCUUGUGUUGCAGAGGAUCAUGCCAUCUAUCAGGGGACCAGGGACUCUUCAGAAGCCCGCAGCUCUUGUGCUUUCCAUUCAAGUUAUGGGGAGGACUUCAACAUCACCGCCAGCAGCCAAUGGGUACAAGAGGCAGAAUGGACAGAAUGGUUUGACAGGGAUGACGAGAGGGGAUCUGGUGACUGGGAGAAACUUUCUGACCUGCUAAAGGCCUAUCCAAACCGACUGUGUAGUGGGCCGCUGGACAUCCAGGCUGCAACCUAUGAUGGCACACCAUCCGACCAGACAGGAGAUGUGAUCUACAAGAAGCACAAGGACUACGGCUUUGUCUGCCUCAACAAAGACCAGGCUCAUGGCAUCUGUCAAAACUACAGGGUUCGCUUCCUCUGUGGAAAACUGGUUCGUCCGCAGGUCUCCAUUUCUAUCGGCAUAUCGUCCAAUAGCAGCAUUCUGGAGCUCGCUGACAAACCAGAGGGCUGGGGAUCCAAUGAUCGGGUGGUGGUGGCCAGUACUGACUACUCCAUGCAUCAGACUGAAGAGUUCACCCUGUUACCUUGCUCUACCUGCACAUCCAACCAGGUCAAGGUUCAAGGUAAGGCCCAGUUUGUUCACAUUGGCCAGGAGGUGGACGGCGUGGAUAUGAGGGCGGAGGUGGGUUUACUGAGUCGUAACAUACUGAUCUGCGGUGAGAUGGAGCCCAGUUGCUAUGCCAACGAAGCCUGCAAGUUCUUCCACUUUGACACUUUUGGAGGACAUUUGAAGGUGGAGCGAGGCUUCAGGUCAGUUCAUAUUUCUGGAGUGGAGAUGCAGCAUAUGGGCCAGCAGACAAUGGGACACUAUCCAGUUCAUUUCCAUAUGAAUGGAGAUGUAGACGAUAGGGGAGGCUAUGACCCUCCAACCUCCGUCAGGGAUUUAUCUAUCCACCACACCUUUUCCCGCUGUGUAACCAUCCAUGGCUCCAAUGGACUUCUGGUAAAGGAUGUGGUGGGCUAUGACACUCUAGGCCACUGUUUCUUCACAGAAGAUGGUGCAGAGGAGAGGAACACAUUUGACCACUGUCUCGGUCUGAUGGUGCGCGCUGGGACCUUGCUGCCUUCUGAUAGAGACAGCAAAAUGUGCCGUGACAUCACUGAAGGAUCAUACCCAGGAUAUGUGCCUAACCCACGCCAGGACUGCAGCGCAACUUCAACUUUCUGGAUCGCCAACCCCAAUAACAACCUCAUCAACUGUGCUGCUGCAGGCUCAGAGGAAACAGGUUUCUGGUUCGUCUUCCACCAUGUUCCCACCGGUCCUUCAGAGGGGCUCUAUGCUCCAGGACAAACUGAACACACACCUAUGGGCCAAUUUACCAACAACAGAGCCCACUCCAACUACAGGGCCGGUAUGAUCCUGGAUAAUGGAGUUAAGACUACACUGGCAAACGACAAGGACAAGAGACCCUUCCUGUCUUUGAUUGGAGCCAGGUAUGGUCCUCACCAGGACGCUGACCCAUUCAAACCAAGAAUUCCUGCUCUUAUCCACCACUUUGUAGCCUUUAAGAACCAGGACCAUGGAGCCUGGCUGAGAGGAGGGGACGUCUGGUUGGAUGACUGCCAAUUUGCUGAUAAUGGCAUCGGCCUCACUCUUGCAAGUGGAGGGACUUUCCCAGACGAUGACGGCUCUCAUCAGCAGGUGAUAAAUUCUUUGUUUGUUGGCGAAAGUGAAAAUCGUGGGAGGCCCCUGCCUGACAACCACAUCUGGGGCCCUGGUGGUUCUGACUUUACUGGCAGAACCCUGCCACAUGGCAUUGAUUUUCCUAUCCGGGGCAUGCAGAUCUACGACGGGCCUAUCAACAUGCAGAACUGUACUUUUAGAAAAUACACAGCACUAGACGGGCGACACACCAGUGCCUUUGGCUUCAGACUCAACAACUCCUGGCAGAGCUGCCCGAACAACAACGUCACUAAUAUCACUUUUGACCACGUACCUAUCACAUCUCGUGUGUUUUUUGGGGAGCCGGGACCCUGGUUUAACAAGAUGGAGAUGGACGGGGACAAGACCACCAUCUUCCACGACAUCGAUGGUUCAGUCAGCGAAUAUCCCGGAGCGUUCCUGGUCAAGGAGGACAACUGGCUGCUCCGUCAUCCUGACUGCAUCCAUGUGCCUGACUGGAGGGCGGCUAUCUGCAGUGGCCGCUACGCACAGAUCUACAUUCAGAUACGUAACCCUGCAUACCUGGACAUGCUCAUUGUGAGAAAUGAGUACCCUGAUCGGCCCCUCACACUGGAGGGAGCUCUCGGGAAGAGGAAACACUACCAGCAGUUCCAGCCAGUCAUUACAUUGGCAAAAGGAUACACCAUCCACUGGGACCAGGCGGCGCCUGCUGAGGUUACCAUCUGGCUCAUCAACUUCAACAAAAAUGACUGGAUCAGUGUGGGCAUCUGUUACCCACAAGGCACCAACUUCACCAUCAUCUCUGACAUCCACAACCGUCUGACCAAAAGGACCCACAAGACCGGCGUCUUCAUGAGGACAACACAGAGGGACAAGAUCAACCACUCCCACCUGGCCAGGGGAUACUACCACUGGGAGGAAGACACUGGCCUGCUGUUCCUGAAGGUGAAAGCCCAUAACGACAGGGAACAGUUUGCCUUCUGCUCUGUCAAAGGCUGUGAGAGGGUGAAGAUCACAGCUGUCAUUCCUAAAGGCAGUCCACCCAGCAACUGCAUGGCCCAGGCCUACCCCCGACACGCUGAGCUGCCUGUUGUGGAUACACCUAUGCCCACAAAGACACCCAAUGCCAUGCUGCACUCACCUGAUCACUUCCUUGAAAUCAAACUGGAGUCCUACAACACUCGCUUCUUCCACAUCAAGGAGGACUUUGCCUUUGCUGAGGUGAACGGACGGAAGUUGUACCAGCCAGAAGACGGGGUGCAGCUGACGGUCAUUGAUGGCCAUGAUGGGAAGGUGGGGGAGAGCAAAGCUUUUAGGAAUUCCAUCCUGCAGGGCAUCCCUGCACAGAUCGACAAUUACGUCAGUGGACUGAGAAAUGGUACAAUUGUCCUCCUCACAUCGAAAGGCCGUCUGGUUACCAGAGGAUCCUGGACUAGAGUCUUAGAAAGACUUGGAGCAGACAGAAGCAUCAAAUUGAAAGAUAAACUGGCUUUUGUGGGCUUCAAGGGCUCCUUCAAACCUGACUGGGUUCAUCUGGAGGUGGAUGCAGACCAUGCCAAGAUCCAUCAAGUUCUGCCUGUGCCUGUCGUCCGCAAGUUCAAACUAUGAGUGAGCAGUGAGCAUAGCAGGGAGAAGAGCCCAAAGACUAUGUAGCCCCCCCAGACACAGACUUGCCCCCACCCCCCAACUAUCAACACCAUAACCACCUAAAAGCACAUGCACAUGCACAGACACACAAAGUACACAUUCAAUACACACUGCCAUCACUGCAGAUACUCUAAGCCAUGGGUCUUGGUAGGUUGUGUUAGGUUAUUCUGGUUAAAAAAACAAACAAAACAACAACAGCGAUUAUCACUGCCCAUGAACAAUCUGCCUGUGUAAACACAACCUCACGUACAGGGCUUACAGCUGGAAACACCCUUCAGCUGGAAGUCAUCCAGCCCUUUAACAGUCGUGGCUAACAGUGGCCAUUUGUGUGUGUGUGCGAAAAACUGGGCUGUCACUACAGACCUUAUUAGAGAUAAUCAUUGAUCAAGUUUGUGAGUGAACUGUUCUGUUGGGUUGUUAGAGAAGCAUUAUUACUGUGCACCAGCUCACAUGAGCACCUUUACACAGACUGGCCUCACUGUCUUUGUAAACUGCAUGAAGGCAAAAUGGUGAGGGAGAACUCAACAAGCCAGCAUUGGCCAUAAUAUCAGAGGUGCAACAAAGUGAUAAGAACAAGAGGCCUCUACAGGCUAAAUGGGAGAGCAAGCUUGCCCUGUUCGUUUACACAUCCUCCAUCUUUUGCUUUCACAACGCCACAAUGCUGUGUAAAUCAAACAUUAGGACACCAAUAUGACAGUGCUGUUGGUUUGGUGCAUGGAGAGUGAAAGGCUUUAGCAACACUUAGGGGUUUAAAGAUCAACUUCAUUAGACAAAUAGAGUUGAUCUUUAAACUAAAAGUGUUGCUAGAGCAAUUCAACCUCUCUGUUAGCAAGCUACACAGUCUCACAGAUCUGCAGUAAAUUACUCUAACUAAUCUCUGAAUGAACACAAUCAGAAUUUUGUUUUUGCAGAAACAUGACGGCACCCUGAUUAAGUCAUAAUUCACAAUUAUAUUGCCUUGUUCAUUGGAGGACACAAAACAGUGUUUUGAAGGAGUUGUUCCCACAUCCAGCUAUCUUGCGAAAACAUAAAUUAGUGAAGUGUGCAGUAUUGUCUUUUUUUAGCUCCUUGUGACAUAAACGGCCAACUGCAUCAUUUGUAGUUAACUAUUUUUUCCCACCAUAUCAGAGGGGUUAGAGGCCUGUCUGUGCACCGACUCUCUAAAUCUGUCCAUGGUCAUGAAUAAUAAUGACAGUUUUCUCUGAACAACCUGGUAAAAAGUGUUUCUUUGAGCCUUUAAGUUAAAAAACAGCAAUAUCUCUCUCCAAGCCUGGGUGAUAAUAGUUUAUAUAAAAUGAACUAAUGCUAAAUGUGGUGUAGGUGCAUCUUUCCCAUACAGGUCUCUGUGAUAUGUGACGGCAGUAAUACUUGACUUGUUUACCAUUGUGCAUUUUUUUCUCAACUAUUUAAAGAGAGAGGAGAGAAAAAUACAGAAACAUUCCUUGUUUAUCUUCUUGACUUGUGGUUGUUAACAUUUGAUAUUGUAAUGUUGCUUACAUGUCGUUGUUUUUUGUAUCGGUGUUUGUGAUCCAUCUGUAAGGGAUUUUGGGUGAACCAGCAAGAAGCCCUUAAGAAUAUAAAAUAUUGAAAAACAUAUCCACUGAAUGUGUGGAUUUUUAAAUGUGCAAUUUACCAACCAAACAAAAAGUUGAUGGAAAAAUAAUUGGUCAUGAAAGAAUUCCCUUUACCGAAAUAGCUGGUCUUUUUUCGGAAGGUGUAGCAGUAAUUCAGUGUUUUGUAUGUUUUGAAUUGUUUUUCAAAUCUAAAGUUUACUAAGAGAUAUAUUUUAUACUUAUUUAUUGUACAGACACAGUUGGUCCAAAUCAAAUAGGGACUUCUCUUUAGUUGUAAUGUUAUUAUUGUCCUGUAUGUAUACUGCAUGUGCCUGUAUGUAUACUGCAUGGAGCUUAUACGAGCGCAUAUGCUCCAUUAUAAAGCAUUUGUACCAAACAUGCAUAUGACUCUUGGUAAGUUGGCUUGUUUUGACUGUACACCAAAUGGAUGUGUUGUAUAUGUUGUUUGGGCUUGUAAAUGAAUAAAGCCACAUGAAAUCUGA